AUGGUAAUGAACGGAGCUGUUGGAGUCGUUGACGAUGAAGUUGCCAGUGGUUUGAGUGAUGGAGGUGCUGCUAUGAAAAAUAAGCAGAACACUCAACAGUCCCCAACUGAAAGUGCUUCACUCACUUCAAAGCUGCAAACCCCGACUCAAACCAAGUCCGAAGAACCAUCCCUUCCACCUGAAAGUAGGCGAUCAUCACCAAGGAACAAGAAGUUUGCGAUAAAGAUGAAAAACAAGCAGAACACUCAACAGUCCCCAACUGAAAGUGCUUCACUCACUUCAAAGCUGCAAACCCCGACUCAAACCAAGUCCGCAGAACCAUCCCUUCCACCUGAAAGUAGGCGAUCAUCACCAAGGAACAAGAAGUUAGAACCAAGUACUGUUGUUUCUUCUCUAACUAGAUGUGCAACAACUCCAAAGCGUCGUCGACAACCUGAAAGUGCUAAAAUGUCAUCACCAACUACAAAGAGACAGGCUACUAGGAAGAAGAAUGUGCAAUCUGAAAGUGCUCAACAUUCACAGACCACAACUACAAAGUCCCAAUCAAAAAGCUCUGAAGGAGAUACUGAAAAAUCUGGAGUGGGGCGAAAGAAUGUAAAGGAUCCACACGACACUCUCGCAGAUUUUCAAGAUGAAGAAGAAGAGGAAGAGGAGGAGGAAGCUGUGGAAGAGGAUAACUCUGAUCAUGUGGAGCCUGAUGUGGAAGAAGAGAAUGAUAAUGAUUAUGCUGAUCCGAAAAAAACAAUUUCCUUCAACGCUAAUGAACAACCGAUUGGUGAUCCACCUGUGCAACUUGCCAGUGUGCUAGGGGUGCUUGUUCGGAAACUUCCAUUAACGUACAAGGAUUGGAGACUUGUCCCUUAUGAAGCCAAAGAAAACAUAUGGAAGAUAGUCUCGGUUCGCAAUUGA